CCCGCCGCAGCCCCACCCGUCCGCUCCUCCUCCUCCUCCUCCUCCUCCUCCUCCUCUCAAGCCUCCAAUCUCCAACUCCGCCGCAGCAGCACCCUCUCCGGCCCACCCAUCCCCACUCUAUGCCUCAUGUCCACCGCCUCCUCCUUCCUUCGCUCCUUCUUCCCCUCCCUCCGCGCCGCCUAUUCAUGGCUCCGCACUCCCAACAUCCCCCUCACCACCCUCCCCCGAACCUCUUCCCCAUCCCGCCGCCUCACCAUCACCUUCUUCGGCCACCGAAAAGGUCGCAUCAGCUUUGCCGUUCAAGAGACCCCCCGCUCCCAUCCCCUCCUCCUCCUCGAACUCGCCACUCCCACCUCCCAUCUCGUCAAGGAAAUGGCUUCCGGCAUGGUUCGCAUUCUCCUCGAGUCCGAACAGGGGAAGAUGAAGAGAACGUUGUGGGAAGAACCGGUUUGGAGCAUGUUCUGCAACGGCCAAAGGUGCGGCUAUGCGGUGGCGAGGGAGUGCACGGCCGCUGAUUUGAAGCUGUUGGGUGCGGUCAGCGCGGUUUCGGUGGGCGCCGGAGUGAUGAGCGCGGCGCUCGCUCUGCCAUCCCCUGAGGAUGUGGGAGAAGCUGCGACGGCGAUGGCGCCGGUGACGGCGCCUGUGACAGCGCCGGCUUGUUUAACCAGGAAUGGGAGUAAGGUGGGAGGACUGGGAGACGGCGAGGUUAUGUAUAUGAGGGCCAGGUUCGAGAGAGUGGUGGGAAGUAAGGAUUCAGAGGCUUUAUACAUGAUGAAUCCGGAUGUGGGAGGAAAAGGACAACAGGGGACGGGAUCUGCAGGGAAGAAAAGCUCUAAUGGCGCCCCUGAGCUGAGCAUAUUUCUACUCAGGGUUUAGAUUUGGAUUAAGAAGACAGAUUUAUUACAGAGGAGGAGUUGCAGAAAUUAAGAGUUUUUUUGUUACAUUGUUUGGCUUUCUUCCUCGUUGGAUGUCAGAAGUAGUUUCCUUUCCUACGUGUGCUGAUACAUUAUGUGCGGAUUUGAUGAUCUUUUGGUGAUAUUGCAGUGAUAUUAAUCAUAAUAUCAACAUGAUGCCAUCAAUUCGAAUAUAUAUUAUCUGCACGUAAUAUUUGAUUGAAGAACGAGCGAGUUAUUAAUCUCUGCUAAAGUUUAGAUUAUAUUUAUAUAUAUAUACAUACAUACUUUGAAUAAAUGUUGCUCCUUUAAUGAAGAUAUGACUGUUCUAUAAUAUAAGAAACCUUGUGCUGAUGUUAGUAGUUUCUUAUAUUUGUUCUGUAAUUUAAUGGAGGAAGUUUCA